UACAAAUUGAAUUCAUCAACCAGAGCCUUAACUACCGAUGAAGCUUCUCAAUAACAACAUUCAAUCUUCUGUUUUUAAAAGUCAUCAACCUCCCUUCGAUUAAAAUUUCAUACAAAUCUCAAAUUUAUCAAUUAUCCAUCAACACAACAAUUUACAUCCUUCGAAUUUGAUCAAUGUCUCGACCUCAACCAAAUCGUUCUAAUUCAAAUCAAUUUAAAUCUCAAGAUAGAUUCGGUAUCUUUCCAGAAGCUCUCUUUCGACAUCGUCAUCAAAACUUAUCUCGUCAAACUACCAAAGAAAGACGCUUAAACCUUUUACGCAGUUAUCUUCCAGAUUGGAUCAUCAUCAUUGCAUUAUGCGUCGGACUUUACUUCACUGGUGAUGUUAAUGGUUUUCAUAGACAAUUUGAUCUAAACGACACCUCAAUCCGUCAUACCCAUGCCGAAACCGAACGAGUACCUAUCCUCCACUUAGCAAUCUAUUCUAUCCUGAUUCCUAUAGUAUUAAUCAUCACCUGCAGUCAAGGUCUACUACGAUCUUUCUGGGAUUCUCAUAACGGUCUUCUAGGCCUAGCAUUUUCUCUUUCUCUAAACUGGGCCUUCACGACAGCCAUCAAGAACACAGUGGGCAGACCCCGACCCGAUUUUAUAGACAGAUGUCAACCUAGAUCAGAUGUGAUGAAUGCUUCAAUCGGUUUGAGUGAUGAAUCGAUCUGUACCACUUCAUUAGAUUCAAGACUCUUGAUGGAUGGGUUCAGGAGUUUUCCUUCGGGUCAUGCUAGUACGGCUUGGUGUGGACUUGGUUAUCUAUCACUUUAUCUUGCGGGAAAGUUUCAUUUGUUUGAUCGGAAAGGUCAUACACUUAAAGCUUGGUUAGCACUUAGUCCUUUACUUGGAGCUGCUCUGAUUUCGAUUUCUCGUACAAUGGAUUACCGUCAUCAUUGGCAAGACGUGCUCGUAGGAGGACUCCUAGGAAUGCUAAUAGCAUGGUUCGGUUACCGGAUGUAUUACCCAUCCUUAUUCACUGAAGAAGCUCAUAAACCUUAUUCACCAAGACUUCAUCCUAAAGACCGAUCUUCACCUAUCUUACCUGUUGCUAAUCAAACUUAUGGAUCACAUCAUCAUGAGAAUAAUCGGAAUAGUGAAGAUUCUAAUGAGAUUAUGCUUCAAGCUUCAAAUUCGAAUCAAACUCAUCAAAGUGAAGAUAUUCAUUCGAAUAUCAAACAUCUCACUUAG